CUGGAGGAUCAGCAGCAGUCAGUUUCACACCUGACCAGGGCACUGCCAGGUGUACAUGAAGAUACAGGAAACAAGUGACUCUCAUCAUCUCUUUGGGAUAAAGAUCUGCAGAGUAAAGCUGAUCAGAGGACAGCGGUGCAGUUCCAGUUCACAGGAGAUCUGAAAACCACAGGACGAGCUGUCUGUUUGGAAGUUUCUGGAUCUUCUACUCUGCCUUGUUCCCCACCUUUAAACCAUGGAGAAGAAAGACGAGGUACAGGAAAAACGAGAUGCUGAAAAGAAGCAUUCGUUCAAGAUUCUGUUGGAAAAUACAUCAUAUACAGUUGACUGCAGGGACAGAAUGACUGUCCUUGAGGCUCUGGACACUCACAGGGUGUUUACUGCUAAAAAAGAUAAAAGGAAUGUAGUCAUUGCAAGAGAAGAUGGUGCUGUCGUGAGCACACAUUUCCCCUGCUGUCUGAUUGACAGCCAUGAGGAGCUGAGGGUGAACUUCAUAUCAGGAUCCAGCAGUGUCCAGCAGAGUCAAGCUAACAGCAAAAUACUAAACAAGGAAAAAGAAGACUUUGUAACAUUUAAAGUUGAAACAAAGGGUAAGGAAGGCAUAGUAAACAUACUGGAAAACUCAAAGUUAGCACCCAACUCCUCCCAUGUUUGUGUGUAUGGAAUAAAAGGAGAAGAUCUUCAAACAGCACUGAAGGAUGAUGGCCGAUUCAAAGGAAGUAUUUUUGAAAAGAACGUUGCUCUUGAGGAAGUGGGGGGAAGGAAAACUGUUUUUUUAAUGUCAAACAACGUUGAUGAGCUUAAUAAGAAAGUGUUUAAAAUCAUGCUAAUCAAGGUCCCAAGCAACACUAAAAAAAUCAAAUUGGAGUCUGAAAAUAAAGAUAGCUAUAAGGUAAAGAAUGAAGCUUCUGAAGCUUCUACCUCUACUUCUCCCAGGCCUCAGUCAGAAAACACUGACCACAGCCAGGAGUCUGCUAAUGCUCAAUCACAAAAAGCUAAAAUAAUCCAGGUUAAGCAAAUCCCAAACACGGAGGAGGUUCUGAAUCUUCUGCGGGGUCAGUUUGAAGGUUUGCUGAAGCAGCUGAAGGAGCGAGAGAGUCUCACUAAGCCUGCUGAGGUGCAGAAGUUCUUCAGAGAAGAGUAUGAUAAAAGUGCUCAGAGCUUCUCGGAAGUGAAGAGAGUGAAAAAGUUGAUGAAGCUCUCCGACUCCGUCUGCCUGAUCUGUGUGGAGGGCUCUGAC